CAGUAGCCAGUUUCCUGGUUCAAGCAUGGACCUGGAAUAUGGGAAACUUGGGUUCAAGGCACCCUCUUGAGACAGACAGAGAAAUUUUGUCAGACUCAACCUCUGCUGACAACACUUUCAGGAUCUGUGUACAUGAACUCUUCAGGGUGAGAGAAAGGAGCUGAUUUCAUCCUGGCAAUGACAGCACUUCAAUGUGACACUGGUUCAAAGUUAUACUCUGAACCCGGCAGGAACCUCAUAUCUCCUGCUAUUUCACAUGGAAGCUACUGGCUACCCCAAAGCUGAGCUGUUCUAACCUUUAUCAUGGUUCUGAGAAGCCUCUUUGGGGUUUAAACACUAAAACAAAAAGUACCCAAACAUUGCUAGAAAGAAUCCAUUAUCUCCGUCCCAUAGGUAUUCAGAGUGCUUUGCCCAUUAGUGGGAAGGGCUGCUUUGAAAACAGUGCUGAAGAAACUGUCAUCCUAUUUAAGUUCCUGAGGGAACUCUGGCUCUACCAAUCUUGUUUCAAAUAGGUAGUUAGUGUACAAAGGCACUCACUUGAAGGGUAGCCUCCAUGGUUAUUAGGUUACAGCAUUAUGGGUCACUGUCCCUUCACAAUGAAAUGCCAUUAGUUUCACUGUGAAAAGAAACACAGUGCAUUUAGGGAUUUCCUUUCAGCGCUGACACCCUCUUUCUCCAUUUAAAUCAGAUGUUAGCGUGGGCCAAGUCUGGGAUUAUAACCAGGGCAGAGAACAGCUGUUACACUAAGACAGUUCACUGGUGACAUUAUAUGACCAAAGGGUCAGUGUUUCACUCUGCAAAAUAGUUCAUUAGCUGAACAAAUUAACCAUGGCUGAUAGCACUUCUGUCCCUUUCCCUUCCAAGACAAACAACACGCAUGUCUGAUCACCUGAGCCCACUGCUGAAGCCUGUCCUGUUUCCUUGUGCUCCAUGAAUGUUUCUGCCAGUGAAUCAGUCUGCUAGUGGAGACAGACCAGGAACUGCAGCAGAAGACACAAGUAAGGCAGUUAAAGCAGAGCCCCAAGAUGUGGUGUCUCCUCGUGUUGCUCUGCUCCCAAGGAAUUGUCUUUUCAAAAGGAUUCAGAACACCCUCCGCUCUGAAUUCAGACACAAGCCAGUACAGGAAGACUCGCAACCCUGAAUGCUUUAUGAAUGUUAGUGAAAUCAUCAGAUAUCAUGGAUACCCCAGUGAGGAAUAUCAAGUUACCACAGAAGAUGGAUACAUUCUUGGUGUUUUCAGAAUUCCUGCUGGGAGGAACAACCAAAAUACAGGGCAAAAGCCUGCAGUCUUCCUACAGCAUGCUUUUCUAGGAGAUGCUACACACUGGAUUUCUAACCUGCCCAACAACAGCUUGGGCUUCCUCCUCGCAGAUGCUGGCUAUGAUGUCUGGAUGGGAAACAGCCGAGGGAACACUUGGUCUUUAAAACACAAGACCCUUAAUCCCAGCCAGAAAGCGUUCUGGAAGUUCAGCUUCGAUGAAAUGGGUAAAUACGAUAUUCCAGCAGAGCUGUACUUCAUCAUGAAUAAAACUGGACAGAAGGAUGUAUACUAUGUUGGUCACUCUGAAGGCACAACAACAGGCUUCAUAGCAUUUUCUACAUACCCUGAGCUGGCUAAACGGAUAAAAAUGUUCGGUGCUCUGAGCCCAGUAAUCACAGGUUCAUAUGCUACAAGCCCUCUGGUUAAGAUAAUAAGUGUUCCUGAACCUCUGCUCAGGUUAGUAUUUGGCUACAAAGGAGCUCUGCACCAGAUCGGAUUUCUGAGAGGACCUGUCACACAGUUAUGUGCAAGCCUGGAUAAGUUUUGUGGCCAUGUACUCUGCUACAUAGCUGGAGGCAACAUAAAAAAUCUGAACACGAGUCGAAUAGAUACAUACGUAGGACAUUCCCCUGCUGGAACAUCAGUGCAGGACAUUAUUCAUUGGCAUCAGAUAAGAUGUGCAGGCCAAUUCCAAGCUUAUGACUACGGCUCUAAGGAAAACAUGAAGAAAUACAACCAGUCUACUCCUCCUACGUACACAAUAGAGAAGAUAGGCACACCAAUUGCUGUUUGGAGCGGCGGACAGGACAAAUUUGCAGAUCCAAAAGACAUGGCAAAUCUACUUUCUCGGAUUCCUAAUCUCAUUUACCAUGAGCAUUUUCCUGCUUGGGGACAUCUUGAUUUCAUCUGGGGCCUUGAUGCAACUGAGAAAAUGUAUAGGAAAAUCAUUGAACUAAUGACAAAAUACUUUUGAAACCACAUGCAGAGU